CCCAAAAAAAAGGGGAAAAAGAAAAACAAUAAAGUUCCCCUCUAAGAUCAGAAACUCAGGAAGUAAGAACGAGGAAUACAUAACCUUGAAACUUCUUUAAGGCCCACAAGGACCACCCAAGAUAAUGACCAAUUCACUUCUCUCUCAACAAAAUGAAUUGGAUAAUGUGAUUCAAAUCAGAGGUUCAAAAACCUCUUCUAUUGCAUUCUUCUCAUAGUCACUAAAAUCUUUUGGUCUCCACACUUGACUUCCUAACCUAAACUGGUGCAAAUUUCAAAGAAUGAUACAUCUAAAAGCUAUUCACUCCUCUUUAAAACCUACACAACAAGCUCCUAUUAACAGAACAUGCUACUUUAGGAGGAAAAAGCCUUUCAUUUCCUUGUGCAAUUCAAGAAAAUCAGAUUCAGAUGGUAAAGGAGAUACCCGCCAGCAAGAAUUGCUUGCCACAAUUGUUCUGCUUCAAACCCAAAAAGUUCGUUUAACUGAAUACAUAGAUGAGAGAUCUGCCUAUCUAACACAGUUUGCUGAAGAAGCCAAUUGUGAGAUGGAACAGAUUGGUGAAAAUGCCAUCAAAGAACUGGAUGAAGCUGGUGCAAGGAUAAUGGAAAAUAUAGAGAACCAGAUGCAAGCUUUUGAAGAAUCAGUAGGGUUGAACAAAGAGGAGGCAGAAGAGAAUGAAAAGAAGUUAGCAGAUUUUGAAGGCCAAAUGGAGGAGGAAAGAAAUGAAGGGCUUUUCUUUAAGAACUUAAGGGAAAGACGACCCGUGGACAAAACAAAAGCUAAGGAUGAGAUAGAGAAGAUUAAGCAACUUAGUAGAGAAAGUGCUGGGUCAAAGACUAGAAAAACUAUUUACUUUGCACUUAUAGGCCUUGUAGUAGUUGGGAUUGCAGAUGUUUUCAUCUCUUCAUUGAGAAAAGGUGCAGUUCUUGGGAUUAUUUUGGUGUGUUUGCUUUCUCAAGUCAUCUAUGAGCAGAGUUUUUAUCAGAAACCAAACUGGAGAGAAAACAGACAUCGGAAGAAUGAAAAAAGUGAAAUCCUCUCUGUUUUGCUUCCUACUUAUUUUCCCAAAAAAAACACUAUCAGAGAGUACUGUAGCAUGAGUUAUAACCCCGAAAUAAAAUCUUAUUACUCGAGGCUGAUAUAUCAUGCAAAAUUUUAUCUUGCAUCAUGCAUGUUUCGUGACAACACUGCAGCCACCAAAAAUUGGAUGCGUAUCUGAUGCUUUAUAUCGAUUCAAACGAAUGAUGCCUGCUGAAGUGCAGAGAAUAUUGAAGUCGUAGGACCUCAGAAGUUGGAUCUCCUGCAUUUCUUUAGUAAUGAUGCUUGCUGAAGUAUAGAGAAUAAUGAAGUUUGUAGGACCUCAGAAGUUGGAUCUCCUGCAUUUCUUUAGUAAUUAGUGUUGACAAUGAAAAAUAUGGUAGAUAUGAUCUGGAGAAGCACACCCAAGUCUAAGAGGAACUAGGUUCUAUUGAUGGAAAGAUUUUUUUUGUAAAGGUAACAGUCUAUUGAUGGAAAGAUUCUUACCCCAUUAAAGACACUCAGGGUACAUCAAUCAAGUGAAAAAACUUCAGAAGAGA